CCUGUAACAAGGGUCCCUACUGAACUUUGAAUGUUAUUUGUUUCAAUCUGUGUUAAAAAUAUAGAACUAUUUCAGUAUCUGUUGUUACUUUGAAGUAUGGUUAUGUUAAAAGAAGAAGCAUAUGAUGUUUUGGAAUUACCUGUUGGUGCUGAUCAAGAUUCAAUUCGCACAAGUUACAAGCGUCUCGCCCUGAAAUGGCAUCCCGAGAAACACAGCAGCUCGCCAGAGUCAGUGAAGAAAUUUCAGCAAGUAAGUCGAGCUUACAAAUGUCUGGCUUCAGAUAGCAGUAAUCCCAAGGAUAUGACUUUGCCAGAAAUGCUGCGACUAUUUCAAGAAGUCUUCUUCUCGUGUACACUUGGUACAUUGAACGGCUCUGGUUACAACACAUCAGAUGAUGAUGAUUAUGAUGAUUCUGAUGAUGAUGAUGGUUUGCUGUACAGAGCGUUCGGAGAUAAAAUCAAAAUGAAACAAGAACUCAAGAAAAAACAAGCAAUAAACACAACAUCAAGACAUCUAACUUCAGAGGAAAUAUCAAGAAAUGCAGAAGAAUUAAUAACGGAAGAAGAAAAAGAAAAGAAGAGAGCUGAGAAAAGAAGAGCCAAAAAGAAAAGAAGAAGAGAAAGAAAGAAAAUAGAAAAACAAGAAAAUCCUAAGGAAGAAAAUGAAAAAACUGUUUUGAAAGGAAAGUCUUCUGAAACAGAAAAAGGGAAGAAAAGUGAUAAAAAACUCCCAAGUGGUACGUCUUCUGAAGGAGAAAUGAGUUUUGAUCCCACAUCUGCAUUUUUCACAAAAGUUGUAAAUAAAAAAAAGAAAACCCCGACACAAGAAUCUUCCCAGACAUCUAAAAAGGACCGGUCAAGAGAGAAGGCCCAGCAUGGUGGGAAGAGUGAGGAGGAGGUGGAAGAUCUCGAUCCAUGUGUAUUGCGAAGCAGGCAACUAGCAAUACGAGGAAAUGAAAUGGCUCAAACUGGGCACUACUUGCCAGCAAUAGAAUUGUUUACAGAAGCUAUUAAACUUGAUCCUAGGGAUUUUAGAUUUUUUGGAAAUAGAUCUUACUGUUUCGAUAGAAUACUACAAUAUGAAAAAGCAUUGCGAGAUGCGGAAAAAGCUAUAUUACUGGCAAAAGAUUGGGCCAAAGGUUAUUUUAGAAAAGGCAGAGCUCUUGCGGGUCUCAAGCAAUUUUCCGAGGCAGAAAAAUCCUUUAUGCAGGUUUUAAAGUUGGAUAAAAAUUGUGAAGAUGCUGUGCAAGAACUUUUACGUGUACGAACACAUCAACUGACAGAAAUGGGAUUUUCCCGACAUCAAGCUGAAUCUGCGAUAAAAAAAUAUGGGUCUGUGCAAGCUGCUUUAGAUUCACUUUUAGCAGGUGUGGUAGCUGACAACUCCUUGUCAUCUGAAGUGUACAUGUCUGACGAAGAUGAGUUUUUAACAACACCCACUCCGGUGAUUCCACAGCCAACACCCUUACAACAGUCCCCACCGGAUGGGAAGAUGGACCCACAAAAUCCGGAAGGUCUGACAGCAUUGUGGGUUGGCAAUGUUUUACCUCAAGUUACAGAAAAAAAAUUAACACAAAUGUUUCAAAAAUAUGGUCAAGUCACGAGUGUGAGGCUUCUACCAGAAAAAUACUGUGCUUUCAUUAAUUUUAAAUUCCCUGUAUCAGCUGGAAAAGCUAUGCAACAGUUACAAGGAGUUGAAUGUGAAGGUCAGAGAUUAUUAAUAAAAUUUCCCGACAACCCAAUCUGCAAUGGUAAUGUGAUGAUAAGAAAAACCUCCCAGCAGUCACAACCCUUGCAUUCACAACACCAGCUGCUACAACAACAACAGCAGCAGCAGCAGCCUCAACAGUCAAGUAAAACCUCUGGGGCUCGGACACAGCAAAAGCAAUCUGGGCCCGUGAAUGGCGACGAAUGCUAUUUUUGGAGAACAACGGGAUGUAUAUAUGGGGACAAAUGUCAUUUUAAACACGAACCUCAACACAAGGGCGUAGAUAAAAAACCGUGGCAAAAGUCGGAUACAUUAGACAGUCUGGAAUAAGCAUUUGGUCUUCUCUCUGCUAACAACAUAUAUUAUAUUCUCUGCCAGCUGUCAGAAUCUGAGUAGUCUCCCUUGUGAAGAGUACUCUCCCUUCCUCCACAUGUUGCCUUGCUUGGCUUUGAAAUACCAAUGAAAUUGAGUACAGACAUUGACUGAAAUAACUCUUCAUGGAUUUAUUACUAAGAAAGACUUCUUGUUAUAUGUUUUCAUAUAUACAAUCAUGUUUUAUUUGCUGAAAGAGGAUUUGAAUCCAAUUUAUAAACAAAAUGUGAUGCUUUUGAUGUAUGGCGCGUGGACUUCAGCUCAUAGUGGAAAUAUUACUAAUAUAAGACGUAUUUUUCUGCUGUGGGUUAUUAAAUCAUGUUUUCAGUGAAAAACAAUUAUUUCAGUUUGAUAUAAUCUGAGAGAUUGUUUUGUUUUAGCAGUAACCAAGCACUUUUUAUUUGUUUUUUUAUUAUCUCUGUAAAUAAGUACUUGUCUGAUCGGUCAAGAGGCUUCUCUAUAAAUGUCAUGACUGUUGGAAACAGUUGGUUGUUAUAUCACAGGUUAAAGCACUUGCAGUUUUAUGAUAGAGAGUUGUGUGUCACGUCCAGUAAUAACAGGUGGUUGUUACCAAAGAUAUACGAAACUUGGGAUGGUUGUCUGGGCAGCAGCCAUCUGCACAAUUUUUUUAAUUUUGGAACUUUUAUCUAUUGGGGUUUUUGUUGUUUUGUUUGUGUUUUUCAAGCAGUGGGUUAAAAUUUCAGGCAGUAGCUUUUGUUGUCAAAUAAUUUUGUACCAAUAAUUGGUUGACACUUUAUUAACUUGGCUACAGAUUUUUGAACCUAUCAUAUCACUACCAUAUCCUAAAAUCAUUGUAGGCUAUGAUGUCACUACAACACAAGCCAUAGUGACAUCAUAGCCUACAAUGGUUUUAUGAUAUCGAAGCACCAAGAUGGCCUCGAAAAAAACUGGACCCAGGCCCAUAGAAAUAAUAUCUGGAAUAGGGGUGGCACAAUCUCUAUUGGGAUGGGGUGGCACAGUCUCUAUUGGAAGGGUGGUGGUGGCACAAUCUCUAUUGGCAGGGGGUGGCACAAUCUCUAUUGGGAGGGGAGUGGCAGUCUCUAGUGGGGGACACAAGCUAGAUUUUUAUCUUUCUUUAUUUGGAGUAGAAAGAAACAAAUGUCCUCAAAUUGGGUUGGACACAGACCCACCCCCACCCCACACACACAUUUAUUAGGGGCCUGUUAACACUGUUUAAGUUACUGAAAUUAUAAAAAUACCUAAUUUGAUCUUGAUAUAUCAUUAAACAAAUUUGUUCUGAUAUUAACAUCAUUACAACAGUGUUAUUAAGUUUGUACUUGCUUCUCAUAGAAUAUUUCAGAAUUUUUCUCAUUGAACAUAACAGUUUCAGUGGUUUUUCCUGAAAACAAUUUUUUUUUUUUUUUUUAAAUGGACAGAUUUGUUGCUAGUGGGAACCAAGCUGGGUCUUGGGUCUCACUCCAGAGUUUCUUAAUACCCUGUUGAUACAUGUAGUUAAGUCUGUAGUAGGCAGUGAUGUGUACUUAACCAGGAAGCUGAAACAUUGUAUAUCUGGUUUAGGAAUGUCUUUUUUAACAACAUACUGUUCAUAAUAUCAUACAAUCUAUUGUUCCGGGUUGAGUGUUUGAAGCACCUUGCUUCAUUCAGUUGACAAAAUUGUCCAACUAUAUUCCUCUCCUGUUCAUUCCAUUUCAAAUAAUUGUCUUACUCUUGUAAUGCUUACAGACCAGUGCUGUCCAUUUUGUUUCUCAGUCAUGACAAAAUAACAAAACGAGGCAAAGAUUUCACUUUACAGUGGUGAUAAUUCCAUGCAUUUAGAUUUCUUUUGAGGCUUUAUUUUGUUUUUAUUCUCAGAUCCCAUCAAUGCAAGUUCAGCUAACUUCAUACUCGUACGUCAUUGGUAAAGGAACACAUAUAACUUAAUAGUCACAUGCCUAAAUACUUUGACAUUGCAUUUAUUCAGAUAUGGACAGAUCUCAUAAUUCACCAGACCUUAUUUAAUUACAGUAAUUAUAUCCGAGAUAGGGCAAGUUAAUGAUAACAUAAUCACUUUUCUUCAUUACAAUUACUUUCAUUAUGAUUACUUUCUGAUGUUUUGACGGACAGACAGAAAUAUUGUUUAUUAAAGGGACUGUCCUGGGUUUUCAGCCCUAGAAUGACUUCUGUUUGUUCCCCCAACAAAAUAAACACACAUCCUGCUUUUUAAAAUGUCUAACCUUGACAAGUUUUAAAUAUAUUUUAUAUUGAUAAAUACAUUUCAAAUUAACUUCUGCCAAAUUAUUUAAAAUUUCAUUUGACUAUUGGAAGAAAUAAUCAGUUGUUAUGUAUGAAAUUAUUUUAGACAAAAAUCAAUAUUGAGAUGUUGACAAACAUUACGAUGUCCGGAAAUGUAUUCUAAGCAAGACAAUUGUAAAUAUAAUAAUGUAAAAAUAUUUCAUAUGUUGAAACCUUUUUAAGUGGCUACAAACUCUGGAUAGUCCACUUACAGUUUGACCUUGAUUAUAAAAUAUACGGUCUCCUUCAGGGGAAUGUGAUGUCCCUCCCUGGGAAACCUGGGAAACUGUAGUGUUCAAAAAUAGAUCCACAUUAUAACACAUCAUUCAGCACAAGGUACAACAUUCUAUUUUUAUAUUUGAAUUUGAUUAAUAUAGCACUCAUUUGGGUCUGGGAUAUUAUAUUGAUAUUUUUCAUCCAGUACUAUGUUCAUACUAUUUCUAAACCAACUAUAAUAUUAUAAUAUGUAAAUUUGAUUAAUAGAUGGAUAGUACUCAUUUGGGUAUGGGAUAUGUUGUUGUUUUUCUUUCAGUGCUAGGUAAUUUAUAACUACAUUUUUGAACUGACAUGUCACUAAUCCUUGGCAAAUUCAAGGUUACACGUUUGUUAGGGCCGCACUCUUACCUUCUCGUCCAAAAUUAGUAACUAUUUGACUUCCGAUAGCAGGUAGCGAGUUUAAUAUCCUAUUUUUGGCAUAUUUAAAUUAGACUAUUAAAAAUAUCAGGGGCAGAUUCAGAGGAAACCAGUGUACCAAUAGAUUAAUAAAUUGGUGUGCUCUAGUGGUGUCAUUAGACAAAACAAACUAUAGGGUUUUUUACUAAUCCGUCCUGUAACUUCAUUUACCAGUUUUAAAUAAACUCGUGAGUUUUUACAUCAACAGAUGUAGCAAGCUGUCUUGAUGUGGUGGGUGGAAUCUAGUUCAGUGGGUAGAGCACUCACCUGAGAUUCGUGGAUUGUAGGAUCAAAUCCCCUCAGAAGACUUAUUCUCAGGUGGCUUUAUCCAGCCUGGGCUGUCCUGUCUGUGGAAAUGUGCAUAUAUAAAAGAUCCCUUACAACUAAUGAAAAAAUCUAGCAAGUUUCCUCUGAAUUAUCAAGUGUUUGACCUACAUUAGCCGAUGACAAAUAAAUCUAUGUGCUCUAGUUAAACAAAACCAACUUUAACUGCCUUGAUGCAACAUGUAUGUCUUGUCUAAUCAUCGUUUUUAACACACUGCACAACCAAAGCUAAGAAUCUGGUUGUUCUCAUCGUUUUAUAAUACCCAAGUAUUUUUAUGUAAUCUAGAUUGAAGCCAGAAGCCAGACGCCAGAAGCCAGUACAUGUACAUAUAGAUAUAGAUAUAUAUAUAUAUAUACAUACACAUACACAUACACAUACACAUACACAUACACACAUAUAUAUAUAUA